UGUUAGUAGCCGCUCAUUGGUGUUCGCCGCGGCGGCAAGCGGCGUUCACACGUUUCCCGUCAUCCACUUCGGUACCCGGCUCGCAGUCGAGCGUCGUUCGUUGUACGGUGCGGUUGUGACGUUCGCGAUUCGUCUCGACGCUUUAUACGUUCGAUAUAUGUACAUAUUUGUAUAUGUGUGACACUGUGCACGCGUUUUCUUUUUUUCUUUGGACUUCAGAUAUAUACAUGAAGUGUUUGUGAUAGUGCAUAGAGAUCAUCGGUGUGUGUCGGUUAUAUUUUUUCGCAUAGUGCCAAGGUGGAUUAAAGACGUAUCUGCUGAGAAAACGAAACGCAAGAAGCAGGAAAGGAGUCACGAGUAGAGUUGGCGAAGAUCUUGAUGCUGAACACCGAGGGAAGACCGUUGGCGUUCCUCCAAGAUCCUGAGAAUGUUACUGCAAAGAUCGAGCCGGGGAAUGGAUCAUGAAAUGACCGCGUACAAAGGACAUUGCGGACGCGUGUGAUUCUUGCGGAGUAUUUAGUCACAAUUAAGAUGUACCCCGCGCCGGCGAGACACCCAGCCGCUCCCGGUGGCGGAGGAAGCGGUGGGGCUGCGGGAGGUCUGAAAUUCACGGUGGCUGACACUUGCGAGAGGAUCAAAGAGGAAUUCAAUUUCAUCCAGCAACAGAACCACUCACUGAAGAUCGAAUGCGAGAAACUGGCCAGCGAGAAGACCGAGAUGCAGAGGCAUUACGUUAUGGUAAGGCACUUUUACUACGAAAUGUCUUACGGCCUAAACGUGGAGAUGCACAAGCAGACCGAGAUCGCUAAGAGGUUGAACGCGAUAAUCGUCCAGCUACUCCCAUUCCUGGCACAAGAGCAUGGCUUGCAGCAUCAGCAGCAGGUGGCCAAUGCCGUAGAGAGGGCGAAGCAAGUCACGAUGUCCGAGCUGAACGCUAUUAUUGGGCAACAGCAACAACAAGGUUUGCAACAGCUAUUGCAACAGAUUCACGCGCAGCAGCUGCCACAUGGUGCGGUCGUCGGCGGUCUUCCACCGGCGGGGCUAUUGGGCUUCGCAGGUGCGGCCGCGGCGGCCGCAGCCGCGGGGGUGCCACCUCAUCUAGCUCCACCACCGCAUCCCGCGGCCGCGGCUGCGGUUCAAGCACAAGCGCAGGCGCUGCUGAAACCUUCGGACCUGCAACAACACCGAGCGGCCGCGGAGACGCCCGAGGACCGUAAACCGAUCGCUCUCACCGACGAGAGACUCAGACGAUCCGUGUCGCCGCCGGAGAAAUUCCGUAGCCGCACGCCUGACCUCGAGAGCGAUCCCAAGAGGCGGAAGGAGGAGAAGCUCGGACACGACAGCGACGCAGAGAAGAGCGAUCAGGACUUGGUAGUGGAUGUCGCGAACGAGGAGGCAUCGUCGCCGCACGCGAAUGGUGACCAUUCGGAUCCACGUGAGAACGGCACUCUGGAGAAACUGGGCGCCCCAGGACACGUAGGACCUAUUUCCGGUGCUGGCUCCACAUCUGUGAAAGACAGGCCACCAUCGCGGAGUGGAAGUUCAUCCGCCCGUAGCACACCGUCUCUGAAAAGUAAAGAUAUCGACAAGCCGGGUACACCUGUGGCGGCGGCGAGGGGGUCGCGCAGCUGUACGCCAACUAUGGGAGGAAUCCCUGGUCCCUUGGCAUCGCGGGUCUAUCAUCCGCCAUCGUCACAGCAAACGCCACCGCAGGGCUAUCAGGGUUUGCCGUCCCGCGGCAAUGAGCCGCCACAAUCGCCUUCGCCGUACAGCAACUUACCAUACGCCAGGACCUCGAUGCUCGGCUUCGACGGUCACGUGAGGAUACCAUCGAGUAACGGGAUAAGCAACAUUCCGGGUGGCAAACCAGCGUACUCGUUCCAUAUGAACGGCGAGGGUCAGCUGCAGCCAGUGCCAUUCCCCACAGACGCUCUGAUAGGGCCGGGAAUUCCACGUCACGCGCGUCAGAUUAAUACCUUGACUCAUGGCGAGGUUGUGUGCGCCGUCACCAUCUCGAAUCCGACCAAGUACGUCUACACGGGCGGCAAAGGGUGCGUUAAAGUCUGGGACAUCGGACACGGAGGCGGUGGCAGUAUCAAACACGUAUCGCAGUUGGACUGCCUACAACGCGACAAUUAUAUUAGAUCGGUAAAGUUACUGCCGGACUGCAGAACCCUUAUAGUUGGAGGGGAGGCGAGUCAGCUGAUCAUCUGGGACUUGGCUAGUCCUACACCGCGAAUCAAAACGGAACUGACGUCAGCGGCACCGGCCUGUUACGCGUUGGCGAUCUCACCAGACUCGAAGGUCUGCUUCAGCUGCUGCAGCGAUGGCAACAUCGCCGUGUGGGAUCUACAGAACGAGACGUUGAUUCGACAGUUCCAAGGCCACACGGACGGUGCCUCCUGCAUCGAUAUCUCGGCGGACGGUUCGAAGCUGUGGACAGGAGGGUUGGAUAAUACGGUGCGUUCGUGGGACCUAAGGGAGGGUAGACAGUUGAAGCAACACGACUUUACCUCGCAAAUAUUCUCAUUGGGCUAUUGCCCAACCGGAGAAUGGCUCGCUGUGGGUAUGGAAAAUUCGAACGUAGAGGUGCUUCACGCUACCAAGUCCGAUAAGUAUCAACUGCACCUACACGAGUCGUGCGUGUUAUCGUUACGCUUCGCCUCUUGCGGCAAAUGGUUCGUCUCCACCGGCAAGGAUAAUUUGUUGAACGCAUGGCGCACACCGUACGGAGCUUCGAUAUUUCAGUCGAAGGAGUCUUCGUCGGUGUUGAGCUGCGACAUCUCUGCCGACGACAAAUAUAUCGUGACUGGAUCCGGUGACAAAAAGGCCACUGUAUACGAAGUGAUUUACUAGACGUGCACGGUAAAGACGUUUCACGCUUUCCUCCCUUGGUCGAAACCUGAACUCUGUAACACGCUCUCCCUUUUCGCGGGGGAGAUCCUACAAGUGAGACUUUUUAGCAGCCUUAGGAACAUAGACUGUUACUAUAUUGUGUAUAUAUGCAUAACAAGUCUGUAUUAACGAUAGAAACCGUGAUCGAAAGAAACAAAGAAUAGACGAAAGAACAGAGGAAAGAGAAAGAGAGAGAGAGAGAGAGAGAAAUAGUGAUAAAAAAAAGUAAACAAAAAAAAAACGAAGGAGAGGGACUAAUGCUAAUUAUGACGACGAUCAAGAAACCAAUGUGUGUGCCAGAGAAAAAGCUGUACAUGUAUAUUUAGGAGUUGCGUGUGCGUGACCCAACUGUACGUACAACCGUGUGAUUUAAACGUAGAGAGAACUUUCUUUGUCGCGUGUAUACAACGAGAACGUGUUAAUGGGACGUUACCAAGCGAUUUUGCAUGCGCGUUAAGUGACCAGGAGAGCCUUGCAAAUGGUGAUGCUAGAUACGGUUUCGUAUUAAGUACCUAAUUAUAGAAUCAACAUGCCCAAGAUGACAUCAUACGACAGAUAAAACACGUGAAGAACGAACAGUCGAAGCCUGUCUAACAAAAAAUUAUACUUGUUCUCGCCUAUUGUAAUUUUCUUCAAAACUUUUACAACUUUUGCAAUCGCUGUCCCUUAACGUGUCUACGACCACGAUAACGAGUCGACGAAUACUAUUGCUGUAUACAUAGAUGAUGUACACGUGGAAUCGUUUCGAGAAAAUCGCUGGUCGUAGUUACAUACUUUGGAUAAUGCGUUUCGCUAUAGACUACAAACAAAGUAUAGUCGAUUAAUACUUUGUGCUGUCGUGAACAAGAAAAAAGAAGGAAAAAGAAGGCAGGUGAAAAAUAAAUGUACAUCGAAUUUAUUUAUUUCGUAUAAAAUUGUUCGUUUCGUUGGAACACUAUAGUCACUAUAGUCAGAGGAUUCGGUCGUUCAAAUAUUCAUGCAUCAUCCAAACUAUCGAAGCAACGACUGGAAAUAUCACGAGAGAUUCAUUUCGAAGUCAUUGACGGAGGAUGAUCGCGCUGUUUCUCCUUAAAAGAAAGAAAGGAAAGUAAACACGAGACUUGUACCAUGGGAGCAGUGUUGUGUAUUCUCUACAUCCCGAUCAACCACAAUUAUUAAUUAAUUUUAAAUAUAUAGAUAAAAAACGAUUGUCUUUUCUGUUCAAGAAAGCUUACGUGAAUAAUUAUUCGAAUCUUUUUCAGCGAAUACUUUUACAUCCAUGGGUAAGUAAUUGCUUAAUACUUUACAACCUGAUCAAAAUCAACGAGAAUUUAUGCACAUUAUUGCACAUUAAGCUCGAAUGAUUUGUAAGCAUGAAGAAUCAGCUAGAAAAUGGUUGAUUCGAUUAUACCAAUCAGAAAGGGAAUACAGAACAUCCUGGAAUAUCAAUCUUAAUUAUUGCUGGCAUAAAUGUUUUAAUAGACAGUAUUUUAUUCGUUGUUAAGUCAUCAAAUUCAAAUAAUUAUUUUCUAAUUAAAAAUCGCAUUUUUUAUUGAAAUCUUUUAAUAUAAUAGUAAUAGAAUUAUUAUUUAAUCAUUCAAUUAAAAAUAAUAAUUUUCUUAAUAAAGUAAGUACGCAAAAUUAAUCUGUUAUAAACAAUGUUUGGACGUUUUGAUUUACGCGCAUCUACGCUGCGCAGCACGUGACCAAACACGUUAUAAGUGCGUUAAAACAUGUCCUGUCACGUCUCUUGUGCCAACAAAUCAUUCGAUCGUAUCGUAAAUUAUUUUACUGUACGUCUAUCGCAUUUCCAAAUAUGCAACCAAAGUUAAACUUUUAUUGUACACACUUGAAAUAUAUUUAAUCCUUGAAAAUUGUAUUAACUAUACAAGUAGCAACAACAAGAUGCACGAUCUUACUACAAUGUUAUUGGCACAACGUUAAUAUAUUCUUAAUGUUUCUCAAAAUUUGUUCUCGAUUCCAUUCUGUGUUAACUGUAUUUGUUUUAAAUCGUUUUGAACUACUUGAGAAAGACAUCGCUAUAGAUAAAUUUUGCAUUUUAUGAACCAACCGUUUAAUCAACUGUGAAGAGAAUGAUGCAUUAGCUCCCUAUUAAGAAUAUAGCGUUUGUUACAGUCAUCUCUGUUAUUGAUAAGCAUACUAACGCGUGAUCAAUCAAACCACCACGUGAUUGUGCGCGUAUGUGCAUAUGAAUAAUAAACGGAACCUUGUACAAAAUCCCUCUAUAUUCCGAUCGACGAUUUUAAUUCAUUACUAACUGAUUGAGUUAUGCGACAGCUCAACAUUUAAGUAUACAUACAUCUCUGUAAAGUACAAUCAUAUGCACAAACGAGGCGAAACUAUUUCUGUAUUUGGACUAAAUAUUAGUUCCGUAGACCAAACUUAAAUUAAAUCGAUCGAUUUUUAGUGAUGAAUAGUGGGCAACAGGUGUCAUUUGCCCUAAUUGAUGGAUCUUGUAAAAAUUAGCAUGCAAUAAGAUAAACGUAAUUGAAACAUUUAAGUCGUCCCUGUAAAAGUUAUAACAUAAAAGAAUACAUGAUUAUAAAAAAUAUAAGUAUAAAUAUGACAAAAAGUAUUUUGAAAGUAAUCGUUCUUGAAAAAGACCUGCACAUAACCUUAAUGGAAUGAAGUAGUUAUGGGGUUACUUUUUAUAUGAACGAUUUAACUGAGUCGAUUACGUGCCGAUAAAGAAUCUCUUGCCUAAAUGUUUAAUUAGCGAUAAAAAAAGGUAACAGGUAAAGAGAUGUACAGAUAAAUCCUAUGCGACCAUGACCAUUAUGCAAUAUGCACGAAUACCGCUUGAAAAUGCCGCCUAACGAAAAUUGUUAAUCUUAUUUCAUUUUCUUUUUGUUUAAAUUUUUCGAGUAAAUACAAUUAAGAUUAUCGAUAGUAGAACAGAUGUGUAUUAUGAAUUAAUUGAAACGAAUCUAUCGAUCGAUAGAAAGAUCCGUUAUUUUUCAGCUAUACGCUGAUAAUGUUAGGUUGACGUCUAAAAAUGCGCUUUCUAUACGCUUUUUCCAUGCAACAAUGUUUUCGUUGGAGGAUAUGUACGUGUGCACGUGUGUACGUAAAAGAUAGUAAGUAAUUAUGUCGUUUCUAUCUUACCUGCGAUAUAACGGUGAAUGAUGAUUUUGUAAUCACGGUACACGCAAUACACAUACACACAUGUGAAAGGAAAGAAACAUUCGAAUGAGAAGUGUACACAAUCCAAAUGGAUGUAUAUGUACAUGUAUAGCGGAAAGUACGUAUCAAGUAAAAAUGACGCAUCUUAAAAA